CGCAUGCGCGGUGUGGCCGACUGCGGUCCGACGUUUUGGUUCGGAAGCGCCGAAAAUCUCCGCUAAAACCCGCCGGUUCCUGCAGAACCGCCCGCGGCACCCUGCGCACAGCUGCCCCGGAGCCGGCGGGGCAGUCCGGCUUCAGCUGGGUCAGCUCCUCCGCCUGCUGAGCAGCAUGUCCGGCGCAGACCUGCUCUCGGAACCGGGCCUCCGGCUCCGUCCCGAGGGUCGUAAGGGUCCUGAGGGCACCAGCAGCAAGUCCACCGGAACAGACCUGUCCAUGCAGGACAUCGGCCGCCUGGAGGAGCUGCAGACGGAGAUCCGGCAGCUGAGGGAGGAGGUGGCCUUAUUGGAGGCCAAGCUGAGGCUGAAGGACUGUGGAGAACUUCAGGAACGGCAGCAUCAGAAGACCAGCAGUGGACACCAGGAGCUGGAGCUCAUCCCCAACCUACCUCUACUUUUUAGGGCCAAAACGAACCCCAGACCACCAAAGAGCUGUAACGGCAGAGCUGCCCAGGCGCUCCAAGAUGGACCUCAUGUUUUUAAAAACGAACCAGUGGAAACGUCGUACUGUGUCUACAGCAGAGCACUGAACCAGACGAGUGAGGACCCUCCUACUCUGUCUCUACAGUGCUAUACUGAUCCCAGCACUGUAGAAGCUCAGGACUGUGAACAGGGAGAUGAAGACGUUCUUCAGGAGGCGGAGGAUGAACUCAACCUGUCUCUGCACUGCUACAGUGAUCCAGCACUGGAGUCCGAGUGCAGUGAUGGUGACCAACUCGUGGUCCAGGACUCAGAGGCUGAGUCUAGUCUGGUUAAAACUGAGCUGAUCUCCACUGACGGCGAUGAUGGAGACCAGAACGCACCAAAGGGGAAGCUGAUGGACUGUAAGGACCUUCUGGAGAUAGAUGGAAACAUCAAAGACGAGGAGAAACGGGACGGCUAUCAUGAGGAGGAUUUUACAUCUUCAGAUGUGGCCAUGCCGUCCUGUGUAGAGGAAGGUACGGGACCUCCAGCGUCUGAGCAGAGCAUCUACAGCCCAGGACCGUCUAUGAGGACACCGAUGACCUCGCACUUCACUACAGACCAGCACUUUAACGGUUAUGCAGAGACAGGAACAUCCUAUUCCUGCUUUUGGUGCGGGAAGGAAUUCCUUUCAGCGUCCGCUCUGAGAAUGCACUUGAGCACCCAUGCGGAAGAAAGUUCGGAAUGUUUUCCAGUUCCAGUGUCCCAGAGCAAAGACAAGCUGUACCCGUGCAUUCACUGUGGAAAAACAUUCGCCGACUUAUCACACUGCAAAAGCCAUGAGAAGACACAUGCUGGAGAAGGGCCUUACCGCUGCCCUCAGUGCGGGGUUUCCUUCACGUUCCUCCACAGCUUUCAGAACCACCAGAAGGAACAUAGUCGAGAACCGAGUGCAGCCCUGAAGCCUUACCAGUGCUCCUACUGCAGCAAGCAGUUCGCGACGAAGGCCACUCUCAUAAUCCACAGCAGAAUCCACACUGGAGAGCGACCCUACCAGUGCUGCUUCUGCGACCAGGCCUUCACCAGGUCAGACCGGCUGAAGGAACACGAACGGAUUCACACCGGAGAGAGGCCAUUCCACUGCAGCUCCUGUGGGAAGCAGUUCUCGCAGGCGGCAUCACUCAGGACUCACCAGAGGAUCCACACUGGAGAGAAGCCGUACCACUGCUCCGGCUGUGGGAAGCAGUUCUCGGACUUAACAGGGCUCAGAACUCAUGAGAGGCAGCACACCGGAGAGAAGCCAUACCGCUGUCUACAGUGCGGGAAGAGCUUUGCUCAGGCUUCCAACCUCAGGGCUCACCGCAAAACACAUGAACAGGCCCGCUGGUUUUCUCAGUCUGAGCUGAUGUCUCUGCUCAGACCUGCUCUGGCCAAGUCCACGGCAUGCCCAGAAAAGCUUUAUCUCAGCAACGUUAAAUAUCGUCAUAUAGACACAGACCGUGUGAGAGGUAGAGUAAGAACCAGGAGAAUGGACAGCAGAGCCGAGGAGAUGGAGGAGGGAGAGGUUUUCCUGGAGCUCCACCUGCUGUACGACUCUGACACGUCCUGCACCAAGUCAGUAGGAACUGAUCUCUCCAUGGACGACAUUGGAAACCUGCAGGCUGAGGUGUGGAGGCUGAGAGAGGUGGUCACCUCGCUGGAGGAGAGGCUGAGACGGCAGGAGGACGUACGCCACGGGCAGGACUCAGAAGGAGGACCCAGUGUUCCCGGUCAUGAACUUAGCCCCUCAGACUCUAACUGUGGUCCCCAGAGCUCAGUGCAGGACGAGGAGGAGGAGGGCGUGUCCAGUGUGAAUCCUGAGUCUGAAGCUGAAGAGUCGUCCGUAUUCAUACUGGACUCUGUGGGCCAGAGUGAGCAGCAGGACUCGGUGCAGGACGCGGAGCAGGACGGGGGCAGCCUCUCUCUGCAGUGCAACACUGACCCAGAUCCUACAGAGAGUGUGGAGUCCAGCUGUACCGCUGCAGCUCAGACCCCUUUAAAGACGUGCUCGGUGAGGCUGGAGGACUGCAGGACCAUGAUGGAGCUAAAUGACCUCAUCUCAGCAGAAGCAGACAUGGAAGAACCUGAUGACAGUUUCUGUCCUUCAGGAGAAAGCGGCGGGUCUCCUGCUGAAGGAACUCAAACCUCUGGAGAACAAACUCCAAACAAAACCAAUAAACAGAAACCAUUUCCGUGUCCUGCCUGUGGAAAACGGCUGAGCUCCUCAGAGUCUUUGGAAAGACACAUGAGAGUUCAUAGCGGAGAGAAGCGUGGGGGCACUCUCGCUGCCAAGGGGAACCCAGAGAUCCGUCAGCACACUCAUCCCAAAGAGAGGCGUCACAAAUGCCCCGACUGUGGGAAAGCAUUCCCUUUUCCGAGUAUGAUCAAAUACCACCAGAGAAUUCACACUGGAGAAAAGCCUCACUGCUGCUCGCACUGCAGCAUGAGCUUCAGGCAGAAAGGCCAACUUCAGCGUCACGAGGCGAUACAUACCGGUGGCAGCACAAGCCAACAAAAAACAACUUUCCCUUGUCCUACUUGUGGAAAACGGUUAAGUUGCUCGGAAACUUUGAAAAGGCACAUGAGAAUUCAUACCGGAGAGAAGCCGCCGAGGCCUCACGUUUGCGCUGUGUGCGAUAAAGGGUUCCCCAUGCCGUCGGUUCUGAAAGUGCACAUGAAAACACAUAGUGGAGAGAAACCUUUCCACUGUGAUGUGUGUGGGAACUCGUUCACUACCAGAGGAAACCUCAAGGUCCAUCAGAACAUUCAUACCGGAGCCCGACCGUACCAGUGCUCCUUCUGUGACAAGCGCUUCAAUCAUCAGACGCACUGUAGACGGCACGAGCGUAGUCAUACCGACGAGAGACCUCACCAGUGUCCAGAUUGUGGAAAAGCCUUCAGCUCCCCGUGUACACUCAAAGACCACCGCAGAGUUCAUACCGGUGAGAAGCCAUACCGCUGCUCGCACUGCAACAUGACCUUCAGCCACAAGAACCACCUCCAGCGCCACGAGAGGACGCACACUGGCGAGAAGCCCUACCUGUGCGACCUCUGUGGGAAAGCCUUUUCAGAUCCCAGGCACUUCUCCACCCAUAAACGGGUGCACUCGGGUGAGAAGCCCUACCAGUGCUCCUUCUGCGGGAGGAGCUUCCGCCAACGGAUCGACCUCAAGCAGCACGAGCGGACGCACACGAACGAAAGGCCGUACGAAUGUGUCCAGUGCAAUAAAGCCUUCACUCGUCCAGAUGUCCUCAAGACUCACCUCAGGGUGCACACAGGAGAGAAGCCCUAUCACUGCCCCUUCUGCGGAGAGUGUUUUGCUUAUUUAGGGAGCUUGAGGAUGCAUCAGGAGAAGCACGCCAAAGAGGAAGCGACGCAGAGUUCGUAGCAGUAUGAGCUCUUUUACAGGAGACAGAGCAGUUCGGCAAUCGGUUGCACCUGUUUUACACUUUACCCUGGAUGUGGUUAAUCAGCCAAGACUUGUUUGGUGUCUCCGGUUUGUUUCUUUAGUUUUAACGCUGAUGAUUCGAGGCGAGUGUAGAUAUGAAUGGAAAUAACAUGGUACCUCAUCAUGUCGAGUUGCUCUAGACCUGUAUUCGUUAGCUGGAUUACCUCCAUAGCUCGAGUACUUACUACUAACAAAGCAAACCUUAGACACCAGAUGUGUCUCGGCCGAUCAACUACGCUUGGUCAUUUGGAUCCCGAAAUGGUCAAAUCUGCUGUUUACAAAUUGUAUGAUAAUCUGGACUCCAUCUGCAAUAAAUUGGAAACAAAGGACUCUG